AUGGCAUUGAGUACUGUUAUUUGUAUUGGUAUGGCCGGUUCUGGUAAGACUACUUUCAUGCAAAGAUUAAACUCUCACAUAAGGUCAAAGAAGGAGGUACCUUAUGUAAUUAAUUUAGAUCCUGCUGUGUUGCGUGUGCCAUAUGGUGCUAAUAUCGAUAUUAGAGACUCGAUUAAAUAUAAGAAAGUCAUGGAAAAUUAUCAGCUUGGACCAAAUGGUGCUAUUGUGACAAGUUUAAAUCUAUUCAGUACAAAAAUUGAUCAAGUUAUCAAACUUGUCGAAAAGAAGAGAGAUACACAUGAUUUUUGUAUUAUUGAUACUCCUGGCCAGAUUGAAUGUUUUGUGUGGAGUGCUUCUGGUUCAAUUAUAACAGAAUCUUUUGCGUCUACUUUCCCUACAGUUAUUGCUUAUAUUGUGGAUACGCCGAGAAACUCAUCGCCUACAACAUUUAUGAGUAACAUGUUGUAUGCAUGCUCAAUUUUAUAUAAAACAAAGCUGCCAAUGAUAAUAGUCUUUAACAAAACCGAUGUUAAGAAAUCUGAUUUUGCUAAGGAAUGGAUGACUGAUUUUGAAGCUUUCCAGCAAGCUGUUAGAGAAGAUCAGGACGCCAACGGUGAUUUCGGCAUGGGAUCAGGAUACAUGAGCUCUCUCGUCAACUCCAUGUCGUUAAUGUUAGAAGAAUUUUAUUCCACUUUGGAUGUUGUUGGUGUUUCUAGUUUUACAGGUGAAGGUUUCGAUGACUUUUUAGAUGCAGUGGAUAAGAAGGUUGAUGAAUAUGAAGAAUUCUAUAAGGCUGAAAGGGAAAGAAUAUUGAAGCAAAAGGAAGAGGAAGAAAAACUAAGAAAGGACAAGUCUUUAAAUGGUUUGAUGAAAGACCUUGGCUUAAAUGAUAAGAAAGACAAAGAAGACGAUAGCGCCGAUGUCAUAAGUGAUUUGGAAGAGGGUGAGAAUGAUGGAUUAGUUGACAGAGACGAAGAUGAAGGCGUUGAAAGGCAAUACACAUUUGCAGGUGAUGAAAGACUAACAGGUGAAGUUAACGAAGAUAGUACACCAGCAUUACAGAAGAGAUACCAAGAGGCACUAGAAGAUGUUGGUAAAAGCGUCAGUAGUGAAACUGCUGAGAACAUAGCUCGUUAUAUUAGACAAUGA